AUGGCGUAUUAUCUGAUAUGCGGUGGGACCAGUUAUGUACCGGAGGAUGGCAAUACCGGCGCACAGUUCACCUACCAUGACUUCAUUAUACUUCCGGGCUUUAUUGACUUCACAGCAGAGGAAGUGGACUUGACAUCAGCAUUGUCAAAGAAGAUUAGUCUGAAGGCACCCCCAAUGGACACUGUCACAGAGUCUGAAAUGGCUAUAGCCAUGGCUCUUUGUGGUGGCAUAGGUUUCAUUCACCACAACUGUUCUCCAGAGUUUCAUGCUCAGGAAGUAAUGAAGGUUAAGAAAUACAAACAUGGAUUCAUUCGAGAUCCUGUCUGCCUCACGCCACAGUAUAGGGUAUCUGAUGUAUUUGACGUAAAAAAAAAACACGGGUUUGGCGGCAUCCCAAUCACAGAUGGCAAGAUGGGCACCAGAUUGCUGGGCAUUGUUACAUCUCGCGACAUAGACUUCCUAGAACCAAACUCUGACAAACUGCUUUCAGAAAUUAUGACCCCGUUCGAUGAUCUUGUCACUGCUCCAGCAGGAGUCAGCCUUGAUAAGGCAAAUGAGAUUCUUCAACGCUCUAAGAAGGGUAAAUUACCUAUAACUAAUGAGCAUGGCGAGCUGGUGGCACUGAUAGCACGCACAGAUCUUAAAAAAUCUCGAAACUUCUGUGGCCAACAGCGUCGCCACUACCACUCAACAACAGCGGCUCAUCACACACAAUGA